CUGUUGCAACAUAUCGGGGCCUCACUCUUGACUGCCGCGAAUUUCAGUGUCUAUCGCGGAAAGGUGUAAACCAAGAUGUGGCCGAGUUCACUGUUGAUGACCGUUGUGAUACUGGCAGUGAUGAUCCCGACACCCACGAUUUCUCUGUCUAUGCCAGCAGAGUGUAAAGUUGCUUCUUCCUUUAAUAUCGCGUCAACAAUCAACAGUCAAACCACCAUCUGGGGCUUCAUAAAGAAUGCUGAAGUUGGUACUUUUCUGAAAGUGAACUAUUAUGCAGAGGACACCUUGGCAUAUAAAACCACAACAUGUAACCACACUCACGUUACCACAGUCAUAAAUAACAAGAGAGAUAAUGAAGAAUCGAGCACUGCGGUAUCGUGGCCAGUGUGCUCCGCAUGGCAUCAGUUCCUCCUGGAGGUGCAGCAGGAAACACUCACCAUCACCGAUGACAGAAACAAUACUUGGAUCAACACGAAAUUUAAAUCUUCCACAGCUCGACUUGAGGUUUUUAUGGAUUAUUUCAGAAAUUCCUGCAUCACACUGACUCCUGUGAGGGAAGUGGAGCGCGGCGUCCCUCUGCACAUCGCCGCACCUCAAGGAAGCGAUGCCCUCCACCUCACUCUGGCAGGGAAAAGCAACACCCAGCUGCAGGUGACGGUCGGGAACGUCAACCUUCCUCUGGGUCAGCUGUUUUCAUCCCAGCCCUACCACAGACUGAACGUGAAGAGCAUUCAUGGUGCUUCUCCUGCUGUUGUGUAUGAAGGUGUGUGGGAGACCGUCGUGGACGUUGGUUGCGACUUAUCGACCUUCUCUCUGGUGAGCGCUGAUGGCAACUUCACCCUCAUGCAGCACAGCGACCUACUGCUCCACUGUUACAAGGAACUACCGACAAUCAAUCCAGAUCAUCUGUGCUACUACAGUCUCACACUUGUCCUCUUGUGGGUGGCAGCUGUGGGCAACAUCAUUGUCCACUUCUCUCUCAGAAGGUUCUUCAGGCAACAGCACGAAUUGAGCAGCACUACAACUAUCGGGCCGGGAAACCUGCUCACCGAGAACCACCUCGCCGGUGAGUCCUUCCUUCAGCGUCCCGCCUCCCACCCGCACAACUCAACAUACCCUGACUGCUCAGAUGCAGUCUAUGACGAGAUAGACGACACUUUGAGCCGUAGACAGGCACACCAGUGAAGAAAACGACGAGGAGGUGCAACGGAAAUUUACCUUGACGAUGUUUCACUUUCUCUUGGAAGUAAAGAUUCUUCUAUAUUAUUAUGGCAAUCACCUAUACUCAGUCUGUUGUACUGACUUCGUGAUCCAUUCUCAUUUGUGUUAAUAAGAAACAUCUGAAGAAGUUGUUUCUUUUUCUAUUCCUUGUCUGACUGUAAAGAAAAAUAUAUCAUCUGUUCAAAUAUAAACGUAAAUA